AUGCGGGAAGUUCUAAAAGAAGUUAUUAAUUCUCUGAGUGAUCAAACACUUGAAGAAGUUGCCCAGAGGGGCUGUGGAGUCCCCAUCCUUGGAGACACUCAAAAGCCAACUGGAGAUGGUCCUGAGCAACCUGAGCUUCCAUAUGGCUGGGAGAAAAUUGAUGAUCCCAUUUAUGGCACUUAUUAUGUUGACCACAUAAAUAGAAGAACACAAUUUGAAAACCCUGUCCUAGAAGCAAAAAGGAAGCUACAGCAGCAUAACAUGCCCAACGCAGAACUUGGAACAAAGCCUAUGCAGGCCCAAGGUUUCCGAGUAGAAAGCUCCUCAUCAACCUUACCUAGACCCAAACUCGCCCACCCGCGCCUCGCUCCCAAGAGGUCCCGCAGCAUGAAUGACCUGCCCCAGUGUCGGCGCGACCCUGCCGGGACGCGCAGGCUGCACGAAAAACCACUCUUCACCCGUGAUGCGUCACAGCUGAAGGGGACUUUCCUCAGCACAACUCUUAAGAAAAGCAACAUGGGUUUUGGAUUUACCAUCAUUGGUGGGGAUGAGCCAGAUGAGUUUCUCCAGGUGAAGAGUGUAAUUCCUGAUGGGCCUGCAGCACAAGAUGGGAAAAUGGAAACAGAACUCAGGGAAAUAAAGACUGCAUGGAUUAAAAAGUUGCAAGGGUACCAUCAGCUACUGAAAGAGGAACAUGCCUUGAAGAGGUCUCAGUGCAAGAGUAUCGGUCCUGUUAUGGGCAAUGUCAGCCUGACUGCUAAUGCAGAAGCCAGGGGUGAGGAUGCAGGUGAUGUCAUUGUCUAUAUUAAUGAAGUUUGUGUCCUUGGACAUACUCACGCAGAUGUAGUCAAACUCUUCCAGUCUGUUCCUAUUGGUCAGAGUGUCAACUUGGUGCUAUGUCGUGGAUACCCUUUGCCCUUUGAUCCUGAAGAUCCUGCCAACAGCAUGGUGCCACCCCUUGCAGUAAUGGAGAGGCCUCCGGUAGUGGUAAAUGGAAGACAUAACUAUGAAACUUAUUUGGAAUACAUUUCUAGGACUUCUCAGUCUGUUCCAGAUGUAACAGAUCGACCACCACACUCCUUGCACUCCAUUCCAGCAGAUAGUCAGCUUGAUAGCACAUUCCCACCACCUGCCCAUGAUGAUAAUGUAUCAAUGGCUUCUUCUGGGGCCACCCAAGCUGAACUCAUGACCUUAACCAUUGUGAAAGGGGCCCAGGGCUUUGGCUUCACUAUAGCUGACAGUCCUACAGGACAGAGGGUGAAGCAAAUUCUAGACAUUCAGGGAUGUCCUGGUUUGUGUGAAGGUGACCUCAUUGUUGAGAUCAACCAGCAGAAUGUACAGAACCUGAGCCAUGCAGAAGUAGUGGAUAUACUUAAAGAAUGUCCUGUUGGAAGUGAAACUUCUUUGAUUAUCCAUAGAGGAGGUAAGUUUGGAAAGUCUGUACAAUUGCAAAAAUGUGUGUAAAAGGUUAUAAACCAUAGACAUCCAUAUACUCACUAAAUCCUUUUGUGCUAGAUUGAAAAUUAAUUUCCAUGUUGCGGGAGGGAACACCUUUUUUUCUGGAACAGUGUGUCUGCAGUUAAGUAUCCUAGGCAAAAUCUAACAGUUUGUUUUGCAUUCCUUUUUGUGUUUUGAGUGUCAAUGGUCCCACCUCUGCAUAAGGGUAAAACUAGAGCAGUUCCAGACCUUUCACCCCAUCAUACGUAUGGCGUCUGCAGCAAACGCCUAUAGUCCUAAAGCAGUGCUGCAAGCUUUAGAUGUAAUUGUAUAUGUUGACUCAUUAAGGUAGAUCAAAAUCAGUCAUCUGUUAGCCCCUUACAAGGUUACUGGUUUUGAUAAGCC